GCGGUGCGGCGGCGCCUGACCGGGCCGGAGCUGGCAGGUCCGUGCCGCCCGACUGGCCAUGAUUCGGAACGGGCACGGGGCUCCGGGGACGGCCGAGCCGCCGGGCGCGGGGGGCAGGCGCCCCGUGCGGGUGUGGUGCGACGGCUGCUACGACAUGGUGCACUACGGCCACUCCAACCAGCUGCGCCAGGCUCGCGCCAUGGGCGACUACCUGGUGGUGGGCGUGCACACGGACGAGGAGAUCGCCAAGCACAAGGGGCCCCCCGUGUUCACUGAGGAGGAGCGCUACAAGAUGGUGAAGGCCAUCAAGUGGGUGGACCAGGUGGUGCCCGCUGCACCCUACGUCACCACGCUGGAGACACUGGACAAGUACAGCUGUGACUUCUGCGUCCACGGCAAUGACAUCACGCUGACAGCAGAUGGCCGGGACACGUAUGCAGAAGUGAAGCAGGCAGGGCGCUACAGGGAGUGCAAGCGCACCCAGGGCGUGUCCACCACGGACCUUGUGGGCCGUAUGCUGCUUGCCACCAAGGCCCACCACAGCGGCCAGGAGUUGUCCUCCGAGUACCGGGAGUACGCAGACAGCUUCGGGAAGGUGACUACCCCACACCCGACACCCGCCAGGGACACACUGGCCUCAGGGUGCCAGUGCCCGGGGGGGCGGAACCCCCGGACAGGGGUGUCCCAGUUCCUGCAGACGUCCCAGAAGAUCAUCCAGUUCGCUUCUGGGAAGGAGCCCCAGCCGGGGGAGACCAUCAUCUAUGUGGCCGGCGCCUUCGAUCUCUUCCACAUCGGGCAUGUGGACUUCCUGGAGAAGGUGUACCGGCUGGCAGACAGGCCCUACGUCAUCGCCGGCCUGCACUUUGACCAGGAGGUCAACCGUUAUAAAGGCAAGAACUAUCCCAUCAUGAGCCUGCACGAGAGGACACUGAGCGUGCUCGCCUGCCGGUACGUGGCCGAGGUGGUGAUUGGGGCCCCGUAUGCCGUCACUGCUGAGCUCCUGGCUCACUUCAAGGUGGACCUGGUGUGCCACGGGAAGACAGAAGUCAUGGCUGACAGGGACGGCUCGGACCCCUACCAGGAGCCCAAGAGACGGGGCAUCUUCCGCCAGAUCGACAGCGGCAGCGACCUCACCACCGACCUCAUCGUGCAGCGCAUCAUCAAGAACCGGUUGGAGUACGAAGCUCGGAACCAGAAGAAAGAAGCCAAGGAGCUGGCCUUCCUGGAGGCCCACGGGCAGCAGAGCUGAGGCUGUGCUCCGGCCACACAUGCUCUCCCAGGGCCCAGGCUCGGCUCCGGACCUGUCCGCUGCCUGCCAUGUGACCGCGGAGGCCAAGAGCUGCUUGGGGGGCUCUCGGGGGCAGAUACACCCCCUUGGCAGGCAAUCUGCCCUAUAUCUGGUCCAAUAUGCGCCAGAUAUGCCAUGUUCUGCACCAGCUCUGUGGCUCCCGUGGCCACAUCUCCCAUCUGUACCUGACAGGCCUCUGGCACUCCUGGUGCCCCUAAUAAAGCCUGGAAGCCUGG